UUCUUUGACACUCUCUUUUCCGUAAUUUCGAAACGAAAAGAACACAUCGGAUCGAAAUGUCGGCCCACAAAACCUUCAGAAUCAAGCAGAAGCUGGCUAAAAAGCUCAAGCAAAACAGACCCAUUCCACAAUGGAUUAGGAUGCGUACAGGCAACACGAUCCGCUACAAUGCCAAGCGCCGUCACUGGAGACGUACCAAGCUAAAGCUGUAAGCAAAUUGCGGGACGGCUGUUGGUUUCUGGAUUCUCUGCGUUGGUUUUUAUUCGGCACAUAUUUCUGCCAAGGGAGGCUGUUUUGAGCAUCACCAUCGGUGCUAUGUGAAAUCGAAUCUUGAAGCAGGAAAAAGUGUUUAAAUAAUGAUUGAAAGUUCGGAUGUCAAAUAUGCGGGGUUUUCAUCAAUAAAUAGCAGCGUAUCGUUGAAGUGAAA